AUGAUUCAGGCUACUUGUUUCGUCUUGUUUUUUGUUGCGACGGCCUUGGGGCGCGCUUGCCCCGCCAUCCCAUCGCUCACUUCUUUCAAUUCAAGCACUCUUCCCGAUCCAUUCACCUUUGCAAAUGGUCGCAAAGUUUUGACGACCCAGGAUUGGGCAUGCCGACGCGCCGAGAUUAGCACUCUUCUGCAGCGAGACGAGUUGGGUCUCAUGCCUGCUGACCCUCAAGACCUCACCGCAGCUUUCUCUGGCAAGACUUUGACCAUCACCGUCACCGAUAAUAACAAAACAUUGACCUUUGCACCCACAAUCACCUUUCCCACCACUGGCCAAGGUCCCUUCCCUGCUCUCAUUGCCAUGGGGGGGAUCUCGAUCCCUUCUCCUCCGGGAGUUGCUAUCAUCAACUUCAACAAUGAAGCAAUGGCCAAUCAAGACACGGCUGCUUCACGCGGUCUGGGUCUUUUCUACGAUUUCUUCGGGACGGAUGCAUCUGCAGGUGCGAUGAUGGCUUGGGCUUGGGCCGUUCGCCGCAUUGUUGAUGCUCUUGAAAAGACGCCUACGGCCAACAUUGAUCUUGCGAAAAUCGGUGUUACAGGUUGCUCGCGAAAUGGUAAAGGCGCACUUGUUGCCGGCGCCUUUGAACCACGCAUUACCUUGACGAUCCCCCAAGAAUCUGGCUCUGGCGGCACAGACACAUGGCGCAUUUCCGAUGCGAUACUCGCUAAUGGAACUCUGACCCAAACUGCGUCGGAAAUUAUCCAGGAAAAUGUUUGGUUUUCGCCGAAUUUCGACCAAUUUGCCAACACUUCUGUCAACCAACUUCCAUUCGAUCACCAUAUGCUCAUAGGAAUGGUCGCCCCACGAGCGUUGUUCGCUAUCGAUAACUUGGGUUAUGACUGGCUCGGACCAUUCUCUUCUUAUGGCGCCCUUGUUGCUGGGCGAACCAUAUGGCAAGCCAUGGGGGUCGCUGACAAGAUGGGUUUCUCCCAGGCAGCCAACCACACACAUUGCGUCUUCCCAUCUGAGCAGCAAGGCCAACUUAACGCUUUCGUUGACCGCUUCCUCCUUGGACAGGAUGUGAGCACCGCUAAUAUCACAACCACUGCAGGAACGUAUAGCUUUGUUGUUCCUAAUGCUGAAUGGGCACCAUGGCGUGUCCCUGUGUUGAAAAAGCGGUUGUAG